GCGUGAUGACGUUUCGUAUUCUGGCGGGUAUUUGGUGUGUGAAGUGGUCCGGGCAGAAACAAACAGACAGACGUAUUAAUUAGUGAAUUAAAGGCAGUUUAGUGAGUUUUUGUCGCAGUGUGAGAGUGAAGCAGCGGCGGGGACAGCAUGUCCGCAGCGGGGAGAUGGACUGGGACCAACUGGAGCUCAACCCCAGGAUCAUAGCAUCCGUUAGGAGAGUGAAACUGAAGUCCGUGCGCGAGGCAUUGUGUGUUUCCGGUCCAGACCUGCAGAGACUCACCGGUCUGUCCCGCUCAGACGUCCAGCAGCUAAAGACCGCCGCGGCCGUCGCGUGCAGACGCCACCCCCCCACCCCAGCUGUCCUGCUGCAGGGUGGAUAUAGUGGUCUCAGACUGAGCGUGGGCUGUCCUGUCCUGGACCAGCUGCUGCGGGGGGGUCUGCCUGCGGGGGGGGUCACCGAGCUGUCCGGAGAGAGCGGGGCGGGGAAGACUCAGCUGGCUCUGCAGCUCUGCCUGUCGGUCCAGUACCCAGCCCAGCACGGUGGUCUGGACUCAGGUAGGUCCAGUACCCAGCCCAGCACGGUGGUCUGGACUCAAGUAGGUCCAGUACCCAGCCCAGCACGGUGGUCUGGACUCAGGUCCAUUCCUUCACCCCCUAUAAGUCGUUCUUCCAUACUAUACCUUUCCUUCCAUUGUUAUCUGGGCCAGAGAUUCCUCCGGGUCUUGUCCAUCCUUGCGCUGAUCCACGGGUCAUUCCUCCUCCAUUCGUCCACUGCCCGUCCAUACCACCCAAGUCACGCCACUCUACGUGCCUACCACCCCCAAGCUUCCACCCAAGACGUCUCUGAGUGUGCGUCUCUGAGUUGUGUCUCUCUGCAGGACGUCCUGAGUGUGUGUCUGUCCCGCCGCGUGCCGCUGCUGCUGGCUCGCCAACACGUUCGCCUCGUGGUGGUGGACUCGGUGGCGGCGCUGUUCAGGUCUGAGUUCCAGGCUUCUGAUUGGCUGGAGAGGAGCAAACAGCUGAUCAGCUUCUCACACACACUGCACACGCUGAGCCUGGAGUUCAACACACCUGUUCUCUGUAUCAACCAGGUGACGGAUGUUUUCAGCUCUGAUGACAGUUUGGGGCCUGUGUCUGGCGCCGUGGCGCCGGCUCUGGGGUUGGUCUGGGCCAAUCAGGUGAUGGUUCGGCUGAUGAUGCGGCGUCUCCAGGGGACGGUUGCCCGGGGCGACCAGAGCAGCACCCUCCGCAGGCUGGAGGUGGUGUUCGCUCCACAUCUGGCCCGGGACGGCAGAGAUGCUGCAGUCUGGAGGGAGGGGGUCCUGGGAGUGGCCCGCUCAGAUUAUAACACACGGACAGAUGUGUAGUAACAUACGGACAGAUGUGUAGUAACACACGGACAGAUGUGUAGUAACACACGGACAGAUGUGUAGUAACACAGAGACAGAUGUGUAGUAACACAGAGA